AUGGCGACACGCUCCGAUAAGCUCUCCAGGCACUUGGUGCUCCUUGAGAAGGGCAAGAGACAGGUGACAAAACCAGGUGAUGCCAAACUGCUACUAGGAGCUCUUUGUGGUCAAGAUAACCAUUUACGCUGUAUUGAACGAGUGAUCGCUUCACCCGCUCUGAGCGAUUCGCUUCAGAACAGCUUCCGUCUGGAUUUAUCGCCGGACUUUAUCAACAGUUCCGUGGCCCCAUUCCUCAGCUACAUACAGCACCCAUCAAUCGAAGAUUUUGGAAGUGGACAGUUUCUCCGUCAAAUCUUCUCCAGUAUCAUUGAACCGCCUACAUUUUGGAAUGCCUUUGUCCAGCUCCACAGCCAGAAAAAGCUUAAUGACCAGGCUGACCGAGGCUUUGCAUGGUUGCUCCUUAGACUUAUCAGUACCCAGGGCUGCUCCAGUGAAAUCAUUUCCACCGCCCAUCAAAUCUCGCAGUCUCGGACAUUCCUGGUUUCACCCUCCCUAGAGGUUCGGACAAUCGGCUAUCGUAUUGAUGCCAUCCUGAAGACCCUCGCAACUAGGGUAGACGGGAAGGAUGACUUCCGGCCCGGUGGCAGACAUGACAAUGCCUUUGAGUGCUUUCGCGAUAUCUCUAUUCUGCCAACCCCAGAUGAGAUCGCUUCGACGAAGAGGCCCUUCUAUCGGCGUAUGGAUGACAUCUACCAGGUUCCAGUGGAUGAACGAUCGGUCGCACAUUACGAUAACCAGUUUCGCCUGUUGAGAGAAGACAUGCUGGCAGAACUGAAAAGUGAUAUUCAGCUUGCUCGUGGUCAGAGAAAGGGGCGAAGAUCUGCAUUGACCAUCCAUGGACUCCAGUUCAUGGGCAUCGGCUGUGGUGAGGAGGAGAACCGUCGAAGGGCCUGUAGUGUUCAAUUCGAAUGCACAAAAGGCAUCCCCCGAUUAUCCCACCUGCCCAAGGCCGAACGUAAACAAUUACUGAGUGAUACUCCCAACUUCCUAAAGCACCAGACGUUUGGGUGCUUGCUGGAUAAGAUAGAGAUUGUCGGGUUUGCUUCUUUAGACCGUGGGUCGUCAGAUCUCACAGAUGACGUCCCAACACUCGCGUUGAGCGUGUCUGGUGAUGCCGCCCUCCACCGCGUUCUCGCAUGCGCUAAGAUGGGGUUUCAGUUUACAUUCCUGGUUGUCAAUACUCCCAUUUUUGCAUACGAGCCAAUUCUCCAGCGAUUGCAAUCGGUGAUGGAAUACCCAUUGUCAAACAUACUGCUUGCGCCAGCUCCCUCACCAGAGCGGCUGACAUUGGAUGAGAAUCUUGAGACUAUUGUUGAACAGAUACGAGACAGCGAGGGCCAGUCACUUCAUCGAAUUGUCGAUACCACGAAGAAAAUAUCCUUGGACAAAUCGCAGCUUCAAUCUCUCUUGGACUGUUUGCAGCAAAGCAUAAGCACAAUCCAAGGGCCACCUGGAACUGGGAAGUCAUUUCUUGGUGCCCUGAUCGCCAAGAUUUUGCAUGAUCAAACAAGUAAGACCCUCAUGAUUAUUUGCUACACGAACCAUGCACUGGAUCAGUUCCUUGAGGACCUUCUGGAUAUUGGCAUCCCAACCACGUCCAUGGUACGGCUUGGUUCCAAAUCUACGCCGCGUACAAAGGAGCUGGGGCUGUUUGAGCAGUCUCGAGGCACGUUGGGGGUUGAUUCAUGGUCUUUUGUGAGCCAGAAAAGGGAGGAACUAGAAGAAGCAGUGAAAGAGUUGCAAUCUUACUCCGCAGAGUACAGCCGUGACUCCAUUUCCAAAGAUGACAUGCUCGAAUACUUGGAAUUUUCCGAGGACAGCACGUUCUUCGACGCAUUCACCGUUCCCGAAGAGCCGACUGGUAUGCAACGCAUCGGAAGACGAGGCAAAAGUGCUGGAAAAUACUAUCUCUGGGAUGCAUGGCGACAUGGGCGGGACCCGGGUACUUUCCGCGACCUCAUCAGUCCUCAGCACGCUUAUAUCUGGACGAUGGCAUUUUCCAGGCGCCGGGAGUUGAUGGAGACUUGGCAGAGAAACAUACUUUUUGAGAAAUCCACUAAAUUGGUUGAGCUUGUCAGGAGGUGUAACGUUCUUUCUAAGAACCUGGACGAAUACUUUUAUUACAAGCGACAUUGCGCCGUUCUUGAAAACAAGCGAAUUGUGGCCUGCACAACAAACGCAGCCGCUCGAUAUGCACCAGCUUUGCGGGUCGCUAAACCCGACGUCGUCAUUGUGGAGGAGGCCGGGGAGAUUCUGGAAAGUCACAUCCUGACAGCCAUGACUAUGGACACGCAGCAGCUGGUGUUAAUCGGAGAUCACAAGCAAUUGCGCCCGAAGAUCAACAAUUACAACUUGUCCGUCGAAAAAGGUGAUCGGCCUGGACCUCAACCGCUCCCUCUUUGA